GUGCCGGUAUACAUGAUCUCGAGCCAGAAUGGCAUGCGGUCUGGUGUCCUUCUGAGCGGCCUCGGCUACAUCCCUUCAACAAAAGGCCGAUAUUGUUGUCUAGUCUGGACGUUGGUGCUAGCCUCGGGUGGUUUUAAGAAAGGAGAAUGCGGGUCGAUAGUUGUCGACAAAGAGACUUUCAGAGUCUACGGCCACUUGAUUGGCGCAGAUGAGGACCUUGGCUUCGGCUACAUUGUUCCACUAGCGAGGACCAUUGAGCAAAUCAGGGAGGCCUUCAACACCGACCGUGUCUCGUUG